AUGGAGUCGCCCGGGUCAGUUCUGUCAGACUACGCAUCCGACGACUUCCCUGAAGACGUCAAGGGCCGGCGACUGAGUUUCGAUUCUCAUGACCGCGAACGCAGCGGACCCCCGAAAAAGCGACAGCGAGUGACCAGACGCGCGACUUCAGAUCCCCCAGCUGCGCACCACCCGGGAUACGACGAUGCCGACCUCUCAGAAGACACUGACGGCAGCGUGCCGGCAUCGCCAACCCACCCAAGCCAUAUGAUCGGCGAGGAUGACUACGGCCAGGAGCAAAUCACCUACUGCAAGUGGGAGGGCUGUGAAGCAGGAGACCUAGGCAAUAUGGAUAGGCUGGUUGAUCAUCUUCACGAGGACCAUAUUGGCUUACGGCAGAAGAAGUACGCCUGCGAAUGGUCUGACUGCAAUAGGAAGGGGAUUCCGCACGCCAGCGGAUAUGCUCUGAGGGCGCACAUGAGGAGCCACACGCGGGAGAAGCCAUUCUAUUGCACUUUGCCCGAAUGCGACCGAUCGUUCACUCGCUCUGACGCUCUUGCGAAGCAUAUGCGCACCGUUCACGAGACCGAAGCGCUGCGACCCUCUGACCCUGUUCCGAAGCACCACUCCUCGAAUCCCUCGAACCGCUUCCAGCGCCUCAAGCUUGUCUUGAAUAAGGGCAUGGGCAACGGCCCCGAAAAAUCCUCUACGCCAACUCCAGCGUCGCCGUCAUCUCACCCACCUCCUAGCGCAACCGCAGCGACGAAUCCCGAAUACGAGUAUGUGCACAACAACAUCAUAUACACGAAUGACCCUGCGUCACCUAACGGGCCGCCGCUGGUGAACUUUCCACCCGACAUUCAAUUCACACCCUCUGAGCUUGCUCUCCCUGCGCCAGAGCUCUUCCGUCUACUUCGACGACAGCUGGUCUGGGCACAACAAGAAGCCGAAGAGCUGAAGGCUGAAGCCGAAAUCCUAGAAAGGAAACGUAAGGAUGAAUGGAUUGCGAAGGAGCUUCUCCUCGAGAACGCGAUGGAAGCCGAAGUCGCGCGUGGUCUAAGAAAGGAGGAAGAAGCUGGAACAGAGGAUCAAGAAAGGGUCAAGAAGAUGAUAAUCGAGGACGUUGACCCCAGCUUGCUGCUUGAGAUCGAAGGCAAGACGCCGUGGUGGCGAGAAGAGUCACUUCUACGGAAGCAGAGGGAUGACGUCGCGGUGAAGCCGGAACCUUCGAAUGCGUAUCCUCCCGACGGCCCAAAGUGGCAUGAGCAUGAAGAUGCGACUGUGGCCCAGGAGGGAGCUCUAGAGACGCCUCAGGAGGCACCUCUGUGA